AUGAAGCUCUUCAACCUUGUGCUUCCUUUUGUCGCUCUCUUCACGGCUGUCUCAGCUGUUCCCACUGCUUCUGCUAAGGAAGAUGAUCUCCGUCCUAUUAUCAGUGGCUUCCUGACAACCGUUAAGCAGCAGACUGCUGUCAUCAACAAUACUGCCGCUGAAGUUUCGCCUUCUUCGCCCGAAGCUGCCCGAAGAAUUGCCAUCCAGACCAUCAGCGCUGCCGUCGGCGACCUCAACGCUGCCCUCGUCGAUGUCAUCAACCAGGUUUCCCACGCAUCCCCUUCUCCCCAAAGCCCACAUGAUCUGGCGGACCUGGUCACCGAGGUCCUGGAGGAAAUCAACGGCUCCCUGAACAAGGUCGUCUCCUGCUUGGGUUUGCAGACCACUCUGUCCUUCCUGGGACCGUUGGUCCCGCAUCUCAAUCAGCUGCUGCAGGGUCUGCAGGCGGUCGUGCCCAACCUUUUGGCGCUCGUCAAGCAGCUCCUGGGUGGCCUGAGUCAAGUUCUGUCAGGGCUCAACCUCUAA